GCAGAUUUACCGUCACAUUGCUACAGAUUACUGUUCAGAAUCACAUUUCUGCCAACCCUGUCCGCCCGUACCGCUGCAACAGAACCAACUGACAGUUGGACAAAAAAACUUGAAAAGAGACGACAACACAAAACAACCCGUAUCGCCGAAUGUCCGCCAAGCGAUCAUAACGUCGCUGGAUCGCAACUACCGGACAAUUCCGUACGUCCUCGAGCGCCUCUGGGACGUUGACUAAGCAAUUUUCUCGCAAUAAAUACGACAUCAACGACGCCACAACGAUGCUCGGGCUGCGCGAGGAGGACAAAACGAUCCCGCUGAAGAACCUCACCAUCGAGACGGCCAUCUGCUGGCAAGCGCUGCUCGAGUUCCUCCAGCACACCGAGUCGGACGAGCUGGACGCGUACAUGGUGGAUCUGAUGGCAUUUUGCAACUACAUCAAGACCUUUGCGGACACGCCGACGCUGUGCAACUACAUUCGGCAGCUGGCGUACGAUUCGUCGAUGACGACGGACAAGCUGCAAAAGAUGUACUUCCAGUCGAUGAUGCAGGUGCUGCUGGAGAUUGUAGCUUCGUACGAUAUGGGUGACGAGGUCGGUCGGGAGAACUUGAAGAAGGUGCUGGCAGAUAUGCUGGCUUGCGGCGAUCUUGGCGAGGGCAACGUGAAGACGAUUAUGGCCAUCUUUGAGCGGUGGGUAGGUGGCGUCGAGGAGCGGUUCCGAUUCUGUUUGGAUUUGAUCAACGGAAUUUUGGAACCCUCGCGGACGGACGUUUCCAACAGGUCGCGAUCGUUGGUGGAUGAGUACUUGGAAAAGAACUCGGACAAGAGUCUGCAGAUGAAGUCUUUCUCGCUUUGCUUGAACAUAAUGACUUGAAGGAGCAAGAUAUGGACAAGUUCAACAAGAAGGAUUAUGGUGGUGCACAGCGUGCGACGGACGAGUUGACCGCGACAAUGACGUACACAAGAUCACUAUCCGGUUCAUCUACAAACGGAACUAGCAGAAGUCUGAACACAUCCAGUUCUACAACAUUUUUUUCCAGCGGAAUAUGAAGGUGUUGAAGAUUAUAGAGAUGGGGCGGAAGAACUUUGAUCUGUCCGCGCCGAAGCUCAUCCCGCAGAACCGGCUGGAAAUCUGACUGGGUUGUGUGAGCGCCGUUGACGAGCACCAAGGUGGACUGAUGUUCAAUCUGGACGUUUCGCGUCGUGUUCUGCUGCAGAUCACCGACAUGAGAACUUUUUCUGCCUCGAUCUGUACGAGAUCAUCCAAGUGGAAGACUACAAAGGUAAGGAUGAUGACGAUUUGAAUGUUCCAGAAGAACUUCCUGUCGCGAAGAGAACAAGGUGGAUGAAAAGAAGUCG